AUGGACCAGAACGCUUCUGUAAACGGGACUCUGGAAUCUGGGAUCUGCCUACAUGGAAACGCAGUGGAGCGGUACAUGUACCCGACGGCUUACUCGCUGUUCUUCCUCAUUGGAUUUCCAGCAAACUGUCUGUCCCUGUACGUGGCCUGGGUUCUGAUGAAGAAGGGCAAUAAUUUGGCGGUUUAUCUGAUUAAUUUGUCAGUCGGAGAUCUGCUGUAUAUCCUAACUCUACCCGUUUGGAUCGUGAUGGCACUCGGCUAUGCGCUGAACGACAGUCUGUGCAGCAUUAUAGCGGUGGUCAUGUUCAACAGCUUCUACGUGGGUUCAGGCUUUCUGUGCUGCAUCUCUGUGGACCGAUAUUUAGCCAUCGCGUUUCCGCUGCAUUUCGCACGUGUGCGAGAGGUCAGAACCACCGUGUUGGUGAGCAUCAUCGUAUGGCUGGUAGAGAUCGUGCUUCAUGUGGGUCUUCUAACAUACACAGAGGCGAUCGGGAACUUUUCUGCCAGUCGUAUGUGCGAGGAGCCGAUGAUAAUGAGCCCCGCCGCUGCAAACGUGGCCAUGGCACGUGCGGUCCUGGGAUUUCUGGUUCCUGUGCUCAUUAUGAGCUUCUGCUUCGAGGAGAUCAUCAGGGCGCUGAAGAAAAGCACCUCUACUGUGGUCAGCGAACGGAGAAAGAUCUGCCGCCUUCUCUUCUCUCUCCUUUUCACCUACUUGUUGGCUUUUACGCCCUUCCAGGUGGUGAUGUUCAUCAGAGGACUGCUGGAGCCUGGAAACUGCAGCGUCGCGCACAAUCUCAGAGAUGUUUACAUGGUUUUUGUGGCCACAACGACAAUAAACAGCGUUUUAGACCCCAUCCUUUAUUGUCUCAUAAGUGACAGUGCCAAAAAUGAAAUGAAAAGACUUUUUAAGCUCUGUGAGGAGCAAUUCAGUAAGAUUUACUCAUCUGUGAUGAAAGCCUGA